AUGGAUCUAAGAUUGACCACAAUGGAACCUGUCUCGGCAAGGCCUCUGAACGUCACCGCGCCAUCCCUGGCCAAUCAAACGUCGGCCCAGCAGUGGGGCGUGCCUUAUCUGCGGAAACUCAGCCAUCUGGACCAAGAGCUCUUUCAGGACUUUUACAGCUUGUGGAUCGUGUUAAUGGUGGUCAACAGCCUUAUGUUUGUGGUCGGCAUGGUUCUCAACAGCCUGGCGCUCUUCGUCUUCUGCGUGGGCACGCGUCCGAGCACUGCCCCGGUCAUCUACACCAUAAACCUAGCGGUGGCUGACCUGUUGGUGGCGCUGUCGCUCCCGGCGCGAAUCGCGCUCUACCACAGUGCGGGGGAAUGCACCGCGUGCUCUUACGUCCACACCUUCAGCUACUUCGUCAACAUGUACUGCAGCAUCCUCUUCCUCACCAGCAUCUGCGUCGACCGUUACAUCGCCGUGGUGUGGGUGGGCGGAGCCUCGGCCCGUUGGCGGAGCCCGGAACUGGCCAGGGGCGUGAGCAUGGGGGUGUGGCUUUUCGCGGUGGUGGUCACGUACUCCUUCCAGACGACGGCGCUGGACUUUCGCGGCUCCGGCUGCUGCCGGGUGCCGGUCCUCUUCGCGCUCAGCAUCCUGGAGUUUCUCUUGCCGUUCCUCGUCAUCGUGGUUUUCACCACCCGCGUGGCCUGCGCGCUCGCCGACCGCACGCUCAUGCCGCAGAGCUGGGGCAGGCGGGCCCGCGCUGUCAGGCUGCUCGUCGCCGUGCUCAUCGUGUUCGCCGUCUGUUUCAUGCCGUUCCACGUCCGCCAGGCGGUGGUGUAUUUCCGCCUAGGGGGCAGCAGAGAGCAGCACGUGGUGGCUUACCACGCCACGGUCACGCUCAGCAGCCUUAACAGCUGCUUGGACCCCGUGGUUUACUGUUUCGUGCCGGACAGUUUCCGCUCCGCUCUCCGCAGGGCCUGGAGGAUGAGGAGGAGGAGGAGGAGAGGUACGGAGCUGCAGUGUGCCGGUGGAGGAGCUGUGUUAAGUCCUCAGAGGAGUUCCAAGGGCUCUGGUACAGCCAUGGCUAUUGUUCACAGUAUGACUACACUGACCUUCACAGCAUGCCCUCUGACAUCCACACCCAGAGACCUGCCUGCCUGA